UUUUUUUUUAUUAAAGCAACUAUAGUUCAUUUUUUAACUUCCUAUUGAUUAAUUAUCUUAAUAUGGAAUCAUUCUUGAAAACUGGAAAACUUAACCAAGAUUUACAGACUUCUAAUUUAUUAGAAAAACCCAAACAUGGAUCUAAAGUUCUUGAUAGCACUACACCUUGGGUUGAGAAAUAUCGUCCCCGUACAGUGGAUGAAGUAUCUGAACAAUCUGAAAUUGUAGCUGUCUUAAAGCAAUGUUUAGAAGAAGGAGCUGAUAUGCCUCAUCUGUUAUUUUACGGGCCACCUGGUACUGGUAAAACUAGUACCAUUAUAGCUGCUGCUCGUCAAUUAUUUGGAGAUAUGUAUAAAGAACGUAUGUUAGAAUUGAAUGCUUCUGAUGAUAGAGGAAUUCAAGUAAUUCGUGAUAAAGUUAAAACUUUUGCCCAACUAACUGCAUCUGACAAAAGACCAGAUGGUAAACCAUGUCCACCUUUUAAAAUAAUUGUAUUAGAUGAAGCAGAUUCUAUGACUGCACCAGCUCAGGCAGCUCUAAGGCGUACUAUUGAAAGAGAAACAAAAACUACUAGAUUUUGCUUGAUUUGCAAUUAUGUUAGCUGCAUAAUAGAUCCAUUAACAUCUCGUUGUUCAAAAUUUAGAUUUAAGCCAUUGUCACAUGACAUUAUGUAUCCUGAAGCUACUAUAAUACUUUUACCAUCAUUUAGUGUUACUCUAAUAAUAGUCAAGUUUGCACUUGAUAGAUUAAGUAUCAGGCUGGCUUUAACUUAA